CAGCGGCUGCGUCAGUGAUCGCACUCACGUAACCGCAGCGAAGACAGCCUCGUGGCUCGUCAAAUGGAGAAAACUCUGCGAUGGACAGAUUAUGUGCCGAUCUUCCUGGUUUUCGCUCUCAAUGCUCAGACCAGACGAGGAGAACCCGAAGGCCUGUAGAGAAGAUUUGCGUUCUUCGAGUCCAAACACGCGCGGCAGCAAUGACGGCGCAAAGACGCGAUCAGGUCACAAGUCACACGUGAUGCCAAUUUUGGGUCUGUCCAUCAUCCAGGCGAGCCAGUACGACAGUGCUGAAUGUUUCAAAAUGAGCCCGACAACCCCCGCGCUCGCCCGAGGGCGAACACCACGACGGCGUUUACUGCAGCACUCACCGGAUGGCGCUCUGGGUCUACUUCGAGCAAGACACAGCUCUCCAAACCCGACACGACACCCCCAGCGACGAACACCCCGCCACCUAUGCAGCUGGAUGACCUUAUCGAGUCGCUGUCAUCGCCUGCAGUCAUGAGCGUUGCGCACGCUCGCGCGCUUGCAAUCACGCUUGGGACGCAUUCCCCGGUGCCCCGACCCAGUACGCUUACGCCCAUCCUGGAGAAAUUGUGCACUCCAGAAAGUCCUGUCUCGUACCAGUGCGCUGGGUUCGACAUCGUAACUGCGUACUUUGAGAACCCAGAUAUUCCGCGGCUGGGGAUGGGGGAUCGGCUGGCGUACAUCGCGUUGUUCGAGGCGUCGAUGGAUAUAUGGACUCUGGAUGUAUGGGAGUCCAGGUUCAGAGCUCUUGCGGCCUUUAUCGCGACCAGUGAGCACACGUUGGGCGUCGAACUCAAGGUGCUAUAUAUCCUGAAGGGGUGGAUAACUGCCGCUUUUGACUCGAUUCUGCACAAUGUGGCAAUGGAGAGGAAGGAGAGAGAGGAGCGGGAACGUUGUGCGGAGAUGGUUUCUCGCUUUCUCUCAGACCUGGUGUGCAAAGGUCCUCAAGAGUUUGUGGCGCGGAUUCCAGAGCAAGAGUUCAUUGGCGUUCUGGGCUUUUACCGAGAUCUCGUGAAGAAAGUGAUAGAUACGAGCUCUCUCAGACGUCCGUCCCUCGCUUCCCCUCCUCCCCCAGCUCCAGCUUCAGACGGGAGCCCAUCACGACCAUUCCACCGACGCAACGCCUCAUCUGUAUCCAUCUCCUCCUCGAUCAUAUCCCCACCGAUACCUUCUGUACCACCAAAAUCCGCGGCGGAUAUCGCCAUUACGAUGUAUCUGGAACACCACCGACGACACCCCAAAAACCCAUCGACCUCGUAUCUCAACCUCAUUCUCCCUUCCCUCCUCCGUGCCUUGGCACACUGCGCAUCUCACACACUUCCACGACUGUCCAUAUCGAACUCCGGGCCGUCUCAUUCUCCGACUUCGGAAGACAAGCUUAACGUCGCGCUGUCGGAUCUACUCACUGGGUCGCAUGGGACGACGUGCAUGCUCAUCCUGAAACGACACCUGUCGCCGCCAGAUGACUCUUCCGAUUCAAUAACGAUGCGGUCCACGGCAGAAAUAGCAUUCGGGGCCCAACGGACGUUGCGCUUGCACAUUCGGACUGCACUCAUGGCCCGCAUGACGCGUGACUACAUCAACCAACCGACGUACUCCCAUUCUGGUGUGCCUGCGAAUCUGUCGUUGGAUGCGGAUGUCCUUGAGCGGGCAUGGCCGCGGAAUCAGCAUGGCUCGUUCCAGGGCCAGUCUGGCUGGGAAGCAGGCAAGCACGCUACAUCUCUGACGACCAGUGCACGUGACUGGGUGGCCUUCUGCACCAAGGACGUCACUCUUGAUAUGCGGAGCACCGCAGAGAAUAUCUUGGACGAGAUUGCGGGAACACUGAAGGAUGUCCUGCAAGAGCUGGACAACCGAUUGGGCGAUGGAUCGGUGGCUCUCACUCGGGACGAGGCAAUGGCCGUUGGAAAGACUCUGUUCAGAUUGGCUGAAUAUCUGAUACCUCUCAAAAAUGGGGAUGACAGCCCUUACAUCCUCCCGCUUACUAAAUUCGGCGACGCACCUACACCGUUCCUUCGAUCGCUCACCUUCAUCCUUUCACGAGACCACAGUGUCCAGCUCGAGCCACUUCUCUCGCGGAUCCUGUUGCAUGUGGCCGACCACUUGGAGGAUGCGGCGACCGCAAAGCUGCCAAUGAUCAUGAAAGAGCAAAACGAUCUCACGCCGAUGUCCCCAGAUUGGAUCGAAAAUUGGAGCACUCUGCUGAAGACGCCGACUCUGCUGAGUGCGCGACGUCCGUUGACCAAAAGAGCCAUCAUGAGCGUUUUGCAUGACGUUCAUGCAAGCAUUGUGGACAUGCCUCGCUACCGCAAACCGCUUGUUCAACUCGUGAUGGAUUCGUGUCAGCGCAGUGUUGAAGACGAGUCUUUGAACCGACUGGAUGGAGAGGACCGGCAGGUGAUGUGGACGAUUCUAGCCGAUGAAGCUGUCUACAAACUAGCCGAGGGCGAGGGGCAAGAGGCGGUGACAGCACUGCUUGAGCUGUUCGAGGCUGGUGCUUCCGGAGAGGACUACGACUAUGACACGUUUGACGUAGCAUCGUCGAGCACGCUAGGGGCUCAUCCUACCGGUCCUACUUCCGCCCUGAUCACCCCUUCGACCACUGCUUCACCCAUCCUCUCAAGAACACAGAGUCACGUUCCUGCCGCCAAAGAAAAAGAGCAGCCCACGGGUCUGAUCAAUUUUAUCUCUUCGCUUGCUUCCGGUCCUUCUUCUCGCUCCCAGUCUAUUCCACCUGUGACGGUGGAUAUUCCGGAAGAUUCCAUUGUUCCGGAGCCCUUGCCGGAAAUCACUCGCACUGUCACCACCGAGGUUGCUGCGGCCUGUGCUUUGGUGCUUGUUUUCAGCCAGAUUGCGUUUACCCCUCACGCAUUGCACGAGGAGAAUCUGCUCGUUGCUAUCCGUGUGUUUCGGACGAUGAUCGCGCUGCUUUCUGACGGGAAAUCGGUCAAAGCGAGGCUGACCAUUCUCCAGUUCCUGUCGCGUCUACGGGCGGAUCGGGACCAUCAACUGUACUUCGUGUCAAAUAACGAUGGGCAUGGCCUGGCUGCUAUGCUCGGCUCGCUCAUCCAGCGAUCCAGUGCGAGAGGCACGACUCCCGACUCUGCAGCAGCUGAGCAGUCCAGGGCCCGGCCACGUGUUCCGCGUGCUGCUACCCGUGGCAGGACCGUAGGGUCCGGCUCCGGGACGAGUCGCAGUCGGUCUCGUGCUGGUCCACAACCAGCUACACCCACACUCAAGCUGAGGGAUCCGCUCUGGUCGCUUCCGGAAUCGCAGCUGCCGUUCACUGUUGCAGAUCAAGACAAGCCAAGCGAGAGACUGUCCCUCUACGAUCCCCAGGCUCCGGAGAAGAUUGUGCUGCCGAUCUCAAUUUAUCUGGUUGCGAUUCACGAGAUCCUGGAGAGAGAAGAAAGCUGGGAGAUCCUCGCGUACGUUCUGUGCCACCUUCCGAACCAACUGGGCAACAAACAUCUGUUCUGUGGGCCCAAGAGUCGGGCAGCAUGCUCGAAAUUGCUGAAUCUGCUGUGUUCUGGUGUCUUGACUGAGUCGCUGGCAGCGCAGAUUCCUGUUUGGCCGAGUGGACUGAAGGCACGGGAUGCUCAGAGUCUGGCAUAUCACACGUUGUCUGUGCUUAUCGGGUAUCAGCCGUGCUUCGACCCCCAUCAACAGCAUUUGCUCGUGUCUGUGUUCCAGAAUGGUCUGGACGGGCAGCCUGUUACUAUCCAAUGCUGCUUGCAUGCGCUAUCGCUAGCAGCAUUCGAGCUACCGACCUCGAUGGCCAAGUUCAUGAGCCCGAUCCUCGAGAAGCUCUCCCAGAUCAUGUCGAACGCGAACAUGGCGGUGCACAUCCUCGCGUUCCUUGUGAUCAUCAGCUCGCAGCCGCGACUGUACGCGAACUUCAUCGAGCACGACUUCCGGCUGGUGUUUGGUGUGGCAUUGCAGUACCUGCAGCACCAGAAUCGCAACCGGGAUGACCAGUCGGUGUCGUGGACGCUUUCGGAGUACGUGCGCAUCCUGUCGUACUACAAUGUGUACGUGUGGUUCCUGGCCAUCAAGCUUCCCGACCGGCCCAAGCACAUCACAUAUAUCUUGCGGCAGCUCGAGCUCGCGAAUGAAGACAACCCAGGGCCAGACGACUCGACGAUCGUGUGCUGCGACUGGCUCGAGCGCUACACGUAUGCCAGCGCUGAUCCGCGGCCCGCGGCGUCUGUUCUGAGCGAGAUCGUCAUGAAUCCGAGUGAACCUGCGGAAGAAGCGAUCCAAGAGAAAACCUGGGCGAUGGGCAACUCAAUCGUGACUGUCAGAACUCUGAAGCGUCGAGGCUGGUUCGAAGUCCUGUCCCGGCGGCCCUCUGGAUUCACCAAGAUGCUCUGUCGACUGGAGAAUUCUCCGCUGGUUGGGCCUGGCGAUGUGGAUCCAGAUUUGGUGUCUGUGCCGGCUGCAUUGGUCAUGGAGCGAGAGGGCGAUGAUCUCACACCCAAACCCGAUUCCAUCACGGGCUACGUCUGGAGUGGCACGGCCCCGUCUCAGCGUCGAAAGGCGGUGGAAAUUGAUCCAUCGUUCUUCAUCUUGCAAAUGUCGGACGGCAGCAAAUCAGACCGGCAUCUGCUCAACGACGACAAGAAACUGCGGUCGCUCUGCUCCGCGCUGGACCGCUUACCCGUGAUUGACACGCACAAAGUGGGCAUCUUAUACGUCGCGCCGGGGCAAACCAACGAGCUCGAGAUCCUGGCCAACACACACGGAUCCCCCGCUUACACCAGAUUCCUCGAGGGCAUCGGCCGACUGAUCGAUCUCCGCGGGCAGGUGGACGUGUAUGUCGGCGGGCUGGAACCUGGGCUGGACGGAGACUAUGCGUACGCGUGGUGGGACGACAUCGGGCAGAUCCUCUACCACACAGCGACGAUGAUGCCAACGAAUCAGGACGAUCCGCAGCUCAUCAACAAGAAGCGCAACAUCGGGAACGACUAUGUGCGCAUUGUCUGGAACGACUCGGGUAUCCCCUACCGCUUCGACACGCUGUCCACCCAGUUCCAGUUUGUCAACAUCGUGAUCGAGCCGCAUUCGCUUGGGCCGAUCGCCGCAUUUUCGGACAAUCUGCACGAAAUCGAGUACUUCAAGGUCACAGUCCAGCGCGCGGAGAAGAUGGCUGACUUUGCGCCUGUUGGAUGUUUCAAGCUGAUCUCGUCCAAGAGUCUCCCGCUGCUGAUCAGGCAACUGAGCUUAUUGGCGGACUGGUUCGCGAGCGUGUAUGCGCACACGGAGAGCGACACCGUACGCACGGAGGUCGUUACGAAUUGGCAGUCCAGGCUGCAGACGAUCAGACGAUAUCAUGACCAGAAUUUACCCGGGAGAGAGGUUGGCGACGAGCCUUUCCGGGAUUUCACUGCCCAAUUUUGA